GCAUGUACUCUUAUUAUGUGAUUUGGCAAUUGGCAUUGGUUUUCUCCUAUGUAAGUUGGUAGCUCUGUCUCUCUCUCUUCUUUCCUUUUGAAAACCAACCUCUCCUUCUCUCCCUCGCCACUUCUCUUCCUGACCUUACCAACAGUACAACACCAUCUUCAUUCCCUUUGCAUUUCUCUCAAUUUACCAAAACACCCCACCAUCUCUCCCCCCUUUCUCUCUGUCAUUGCAAAUACACCAGAGCUUUAUUUUUUUUUCUUUCCCCUUUCCUUUUUAACCAAAUGGAUACCUCUUCUCACUAAUGCCGGCGCUUCCGUUCCUGGGUUUUAGGGGGUUUGUUACGUUUCCUGGAUUGAUUGAAUUCAGUUGGGCUUUCUGAAUUAUUGGGGAAAAUUCCGGUUUCUUUCCCCUCUCUUUCUGUUGAAGAAUUCGAGGAAUGACGUCUUGGUAACCUGUUUGACGGUGAUGAUCGUGGUUAUGAGGGCUUUGCUUUGGUUUUUUGGGGAUUGGAUUCUCUGCAUUGAUCGUUUUUCUCUCGUGGAAUCUGUUGGUGUUGACUGGUGCAUUGUGAUUGUACCUCUAGGUUGUAAUGGGCUUUUCUGUGGAUUGGGAGAAUUGGACGAUGAGUUUCCACACUAAGGGCUCUUCCUUGUAUUUGCAUUGCCGAGUAGAGGCUCCGCAGCAUAAUUUGGUAUCUAUAUUUUUUCCAUUCAGAAGAUGGGAGGAGAGACUGAGCAGCAGGACUUUGACGAAUUUGAGAUGCUUCUGUGUGAGAUUCCAAAUGCAACUUCUGUAAAUCCACAUCCUGAGGAAUCCAGGCAUCCCAAUUCCUCAGCGAAUUCGGAAAGGAACCCUUUGGAAGAGGGAGAUAGGAAAAAUUCUUCACCUGCAACUUUUACUAACUUCUACCAGGCGUCCCAGGCGGCGAACCAAGGCAGUAAUGCUGCUUUCUGUCCUGUAUUGUCUUUUGAAAGACCCAGUGCCACAUGUGUGAAUUCCUCUCAAGGUUCAGCUGAUGAAAGUCUUCAGGCUAAUGGUAUUAUGGAUGGAGGAAAAUUAACUGCAAAGAAAGGCAACCGCCAUUCACCUAUCAACAAUAUUGAUCGGUUGGACCCGAGUUUUCAACAUGACCAAUCCUUGACAUCUGCAUUUGCAGAAUUGAGCUUCAAAGAUGGAGUGACAUUGGAAUCACCAAGAAGUCUUCAGAAUGUCAAUUAUAAAACAUUACAAAAUUGCACAUUUGUACUUGAGGGGCAGUAUCCAAACUGCUUAAAGAAACCUCUUUCGAGUGGCGUGAAUAUGGUGACUGCCACAUCAAAUGGGGUCAAUAAGUUAAGUGCACAGAUCAAGAAUCCCGGCUCUUGUCAACUAUUUGAUAAUUUAUCUGGAGACCUAGGGGAGCAAUUACUGAGCCUUCCAAUGUACUCUGCACCUAUACCAUUAGCUCAUGGAAUGCAUGCUUUUCAGGUUCUAUCAAAUCCUGUCCCUAGAGUCAAAUUCCCAGUGAUGCCAUAUCAGUUGCAGGCACAGCACAUGAGCCGCUCCCCUCUCACUUUGCAGCAUAUGGAAGAAGAGCGGUAUCGUAGGAUGCAUCAACAGUACCUCUAUUUGCAACAUCUUGGGUAUCAGGGAUCAGAGUCUCACCUUUCAAUACAAGCAAAUGGGAAUUCAACACUUGGGUCUAUGGCUAGGAACCUGAGACAGCCUUAUUUGAAUUCAUCAGAUCUCACUCUUAUUGGCAAUGGUGUAUGCCCUCACUACACUCAGGGGUCUUGUGGGAGGGGUGAUAGCUGUCCAUUUGCACAUGGCCAGAAACAGAUAUAUGCAAGCGGUUUGGAACGUAAUUGUCCUGCACUUGCUACUAAAGACAUUGAAACAGUCCCAGUUAUGGACAAAGUGGCGAAACAUAGUUUUCCAGAGAAGAUUCUAACAAGAUCACAUGGCUUGAAUCCAAUAAGAGCUAUCAAGCCAGGAUCUGAUAGACAUAAAUCUCUGAACUAUAGUAAUGCCAAUGGGAGAGCCCUCGCAAAUGGAAAUGGUCAUUUCCACCACACAUCCAUUCUAAAUGAGGGAUCUUUCCUGCUUGAUGGUUGGAGCUCACGAGGUUCAUCCACUGGUACCGCGGACAUCGGAAAUAAUAAUCUGACGCCACUAACUCAAAGAUAUAAUUCCAUGGAUGAGGUUACUGGAAGAAUAUACCUUAUGGCAAAAGAUCAACAUGGUUGUCGCUUCUUGCAAAGGAAAUUCGCUGAGGGUACUAUAGAAGAUGUUGAAAAAAUCUUUGUUGAGAUAAUCGGCCACAUUGUUGAACUCAUGACAGAUCCUUUUGGAAACUACCUAGUCCAGAAGCUGCUUGAAGUGUGUGAUGAUGAUCAGAGAAGGCAGAUCAUUCAUGCAAUUACAAGAAAACCUGGUGACCUUGUUAGAAUUUCGUGUGACAUGCAUGGUACUCGAGCUGUACAGAAGAUUAUUGAGACCAUUAAGACUCCUGAGCAGUUUUCAAUGAUUGUUUCCUCUCUGAAGUCUGGUAUUGUGCUUUUGAUAAAAGAUAUGAAUGGUAAUCAUGUUGCGCAGCGCUGCUUGCAGUACUUAAUGCCCGAAUAUAGUGAGUUUCUCUUUAAAGCUGCAAUCUCGCACUGUGUUGAGCUUGCCACAGAUCGCCAUGGGUGCUGUGUGCUUCAAAAGUGCCUUGGCCUUUCUGAUGGAGAACAUAGACGGCAUUUGAUCUGCGAGAUCACUUCUAAUGCUCCUGUUCUCGCCCAAGAUCCAUUUGGGAAUUAUGUGGUACAGUUUGUAUUUGAACUUCGGAUUCGUUGGGCAACCAUUGAUCUUCUUGACCAACUGGAGGGUAACUAUGGAUACCUCUCCAUGCAGAAAUAUAGCAGCAAUGUGGUUGAGAAAUGCCUGAAAUACGCUGGAGAAGAGCGUUGCCCUCGUAUCAUUAAGGAACUGAUAAAUAACUCACGAUUAGAUCAAAUCUUGCUGGACCCUUAUGGCAAUUAUGUUAUUCAAGCAGCACUUAAUCAGUCUAAGGGAGCUCUUCAUGCUGCCUUGGUAGAGGCUAUCAAGCCCUUUGUUCCGGCGUUACGGACAAGUCCAUACGGGAAGAAAGUCCUCUCAAGUAACAGUCUGAAGAAGUAACAUAUAUUAUUCUUUCAUUUGACCCCUGGAUCAAGUCAACACAUAUCUUUCCCCCCCCCCCCCCCCCCCCCACCCCCACAAUAAGACUUUCAGUUCAGGGUUCGAGAGGAUUUUGUAAAACUGUGUAAUAAGGAGUAAAGAAGAAAGCCUUGAGUUAGAUUUUCAGAAACGGUUUUCAAGCUGGGAGAUAGAACUCAAGAAAGAAGAAUGUUAGAGAUGCCUUGUACAGCCCAACUGAAUAGAUCAAGGUGAAUUUUUUUGCGUUUUAUUGCACUUUCCUAUCUCUUAUUUAUGUCCAAUCAAGAAGUAUUGCUGUAGAGGCAAUUUUGCGACAUGAGUCGGCAUGUGAAUAACUUAGUUGUUGCUUGGUAAUUAAAGCAAAAAAUGUGAGGAAGAGGUGAGGUUGUGAUGGUUUAGUUAGUGUGGCUCUCAUGCCAAGUAUCCAUUUGUAGAUGUACUGGCUUGUAGACUACUUGUAAUGAUCAUGCUACAUUUAUGGUUAACAUGGCCAAGCUAUGUUUAUAA